AUGUUAUUUACUACGUCAUUAUUAGCUUUAGCUUUAUCACAAAUUGUCCUUGGAGAUAAUAAGUCACAUACACUUCCUAAAUUUGAGUCAUCAGAUGUAUAUUUCGAACAAAGUGAUUCCAAUAUAUCACCUUCUGACGUUAAUUAUACCAAAAAUUUUGGUUUAAAAGAUCAAUAUUCAUGGAAAGAUGUUUUAGAUCAAACAGAUGAAUAUCAUAAAUUAUUUUUCAUAAUCAGACAUGCAUUUGGAGUGCAUCAAUGUAAUACUCCAUCAACCGAUUGGACUUGUUAUUGGCAAACCUUAGAUGGUUAUGAUGGUCAAGUCUGGGCUGAUGCUUUGUUAACUCAACAAGGUAUUGAUCAAAGUAAAAAAUUAUCUCAACAGAUUAAAAACACAAAAGAUUUCCCAUACCCAGAUCAUUAUUAUUCUAGUCCACUUAGAAGAACUUUAGAAACUUGGGAUUAUGUAUGGUCAGAUUUAACUAGUAAAGGUCCGAUUAUUAAAGAGUUUGCUAGAGAAACUUAUGGUAUUCAAACUGAAAGUAAACGUCAUGACAAAAAUUAUAUAUCAUUAAAUUGGCCACAUGCAACUUUUGAACAAGGUUUUACUACCAAUGAUGAAUUAUGGAAAAGUGAUAAAAGAGAAACUGGUCAACAUCGUAAAUAUAGAGCUGCGUCUGUUUUAAAUGACAUUUUCGAUGCUCAUAAAGAUGAUAAAGUAAUCUCAUUAGUUUCACAUUCUGGAUUAAUUGGAUCGAUCUUAGAUGUUGUUGGUCAUAGAAAUUACCCAGUUGAUAAUGCUGUUUUGAUUCCAAUAUUAAUUCAAAGAAAGAAAAAUAAAACUAAAACUUAUAAAUUGGAUGAUCCAGACAAAACUUUUGCUGAUAUUUGCCCAGAUAAACCAUCUACUAUAACUGAAGGUCCAGAAUUGACAUGUAGUGCAGGUCCAUUUGAUGAAAAAGAUCCAUCAGGAAAUUAA